AUGAGGUUACUAGGUUACUUGAACCCGUCUGCCAACGCUUCUUCAAAACGUAUCGCGUCAGGUAACGAGUCCGCGCUCCGAAACCUCCAAAAUGGUCUCUUGCUCGUGAACGGAUUCGCCUGGGUACUCCGAUUCCUCCUCUCCCUGAUCACCUCCCGCUCCUUGUUCCCCCGUAUCUUCCCUCUCAUCCUCUAUAUCCUGUCUACGACGGCUACAGUCUUCAUUUGGCGGUGGUUCGUCACUAUCGGCUCGCCGAAGAGGGGUGCGAAUGGUAGGGGAGAUGUUAGGGUGGGUGAUGAUCUUGCAGGGAAGGGGGUCGUAGAGUUGGCCUGGGAUUGGGUUUAUAUGACUUGGAUCUGUACUAUUGGGAGUGCGCUGUUUGGUGACCGAGUUUGGUGGCUUUUGGCUCUUGUCCCCGCAUUCGGCGCUUACAAGCUGUUUAACACCAUCCGCCCCUUCCUCGCCAUGUUCCUCCCCUCCCUCUUCGGCCCCAAAUCCCCUCGCGCUGCCCAAGAAGCGGCACAAGAGCCCGAAGAGAAGGAGUCUCGAAAGCAGGCCAAGCUGCGAGCCAGGAUGGAGAAGGGAGAUAAGAGGGUCCAGCAGGUACAGAGACGGUAA